AUGAGAUCGUCUAGCCAUGUUUUGCAGGGUCCAAGGCCUACGCCUCUGACAAUAAGCAGGAGUUCCGCAAAGAUUACGAAGAUUAAGCAGCGUGCCCCGCCGCCCAUCGUGGUUUAUCUCCGGUCGCCAAAGAUCAUCCACGUGCGGCCUGAGGAGUUCAUGAGCCUUGUUCAGCAACUCACUGGAAACCAUCCGAAAAUUUCAGCCUCCAGUGCUACUAGAAAUAUUGAGGGCCAAAACAAGUUUUAUGGAGAGGAAUUUACUUCACGUGUUAAUGAAGUGUCCAAAAGAAUGUCCUCUUCGGGGUUUGAUCAUCAUGAUUAUUCUUCUGGUUAUUCUUUAGACAUUCACAUGUGCUAG